UUGAAUAAUGAGAAUUUUCCACUACAUGCACCAUCUGAACCAAUCACACCAUCUGACCCAAUUGCAUCAUCUGAACCAAUCACACCAUCUGAACCAUUCACACCAUCUGACCCAAUUGCAUCAUCUGACCCAAUCACAUCAUCUGACCCAAUCACACCAUCUGAACCAUUCACACCACCUGAACCAAUCACACCAUCUGACCCAAUUACACCAUCUGACCCAAUUGCACCAUCUGACCCAAUUGCACCAUCUGAACCAUUCACACCAUCUGACCCAAUUACACCAUCUGACCCAAUUGCAUCAUCUGAACCAAUUACACCAUCUGACCCAAUUACACCAUCUGACCCAAUUGCACCAUCUGAACCAAUCACACCAUCUGAACCUAUCUCACCAUCUGAACCAUUCACACUAUCUGACCCAAUUACACCAUCUGAACCAUUCACACUAUCUGAACCAAUUGCUAUUUGAGCAUCAUUGAGGUUUUAUAUGUGACUUUUCAUUUAACACUUCUAAACUUGCACCAUCUGAACCAAUCACACCAUCUGACCCACUUACACCAUCUGACCCAAUCGCAUCAUCUGACCCAAUUACACCAUCUGACCCAAUCACACUAUCCGACCCAAUUACA